UUUGCUGCAAUGAUGUCUAAUGCUCACAGAGUUAAUACUGCGGCUACAGAUCCUCGGUCUCAGUUGGAAGUAGAUCGAACUACACGAGUCAACAAUCAGGUAGCCCCUGCAACAGGUGUACCAGUUCGCAAAUCCAACGUUGUAAAGGAGAUUGAACGAAUUCAACAGAGGCGUGAGGAGCGCAGAGCUGCACAACGCGCUGCUCGUGAACAGCCCGAUGUUGAUCCGAACAGUCCUAGUUACGAAUUCCUUAUGAUGAUUCGAGAGUUCCAGGAUACUCUGGAUUAUCGACCCCUUACUAGUUCUGAUGAAAUUGAAACUCAUCAGAUUUGCGUAUGUGUUCGAAAACGACCAAUGAAUAAGAAAGAACUCACCCGUAAAGAGAUCGACGUGAUCACUAUACCCAAUAAACAACAAGUCCUUGUACAUGAACCCAAAACUAAAGUGGAUUUGACCAAGUAUCUGGAAAAUCAAUCCUUCCGUUUCGAUUACGCCUUCGACGAGACUGCAGACAAUGCCCUUGUGUAUAGGGACUGCAGAACUGCUCAAACGGAAUUUAUGCUUUAG